AUGGCACGUCUUACUGCGACUGCGACUCGUCUGACGUUGCUGGAACGAUCACUAGAUGAUCUCGAGGGUGUAAAUCGUGUAAGAAAGCAUUUACAGCGUGAGAAAGUCACCAGUGCCAUGCUCAAGACAGCACCUAGUGAUUAUUACUCGUGGCAUCUCGAUCCAAGAGCGAAGCUAUUAGGCUGUAAGACUUGUCAUCUUUGUAAAAGUAUUAUCAUGGAGAACGUAGCGUGUCUUAACAAUGGGAUUGAGGAUUCGCUUAAUAGUCGCUAUUAUUGUGUCGUGCUACAAUACAAUUCAAAGCUUGAUGCUGAACAAUUGCGACGUUUUGUGCGUCAUAACAUUUCUGAGGUGAACCGUCCAUCUAAAAAGAAAUUCAACUUUCAACAUGCUCAAGGAGAGAUGGCGGAGAAAUUGACGGGCUUUCGACAUAAUGGAGUGUCUCCCUUUGGUAUGCAAACACCCAUUCCGGUGAUUGUAGCAGGUGAUGUUGCUGCUUUGAAACCGGCAUUUAUAUGGUUAGGUGGAGGUGCAGAAAAUGUCAAGCUCCGUAUUAGCGUGCAGGAUAUAGUGAUGGCCUUGGGAGCACGUGUAGCUGAUGGCAUUACAACGCUCCGAACAGACUGA